UAUGAAUGUACACAGUGUGGAAAGGCUUUCAGACAGAGUAGUUCUCUUGCUACACAUCAAAGAAUCCACUCUGGAGAGAAGCCUCAUGAAUGUAAGCAAUGUGGAAAGGCUUUCACACAGAAAGUCAAUCUUCAUAAUCAUCAGAGGAUCCACACUGGAGAGAAACCAUAUGAAUGUACACAAUGUGGAAAGACUUUCACCAUGAAGCAUUCCCUUGUUAAGCAUCAGAGAAUCCACUCUGGAGAGAAACCUUAUGAAUGUAAUCAGUGUGGAAAAGCUUUCACAGAGAGCGGCUCUCUCACUACACAUCAGAGAAUCCAUACUGGAGACAAACCUUAUGAAUGUAAACAAUGUGGAAAGGCUUUCACAUCGAGUAGCAAUCUUUCUUCACAUCAGAGAGUCCACUCUGGAGAGAAACUUUAUGAAUGUAAACAAUGUGGAAAGGCUUUCACAGCGAGGAACUCUGUUGCUCUACAUGAGAGAAUCCACUCUGGAGAGAAACCUUAUGAAUGUACACAGUGUGGAAAGGCUUUCACAUUCCCUCUCUGUGUUAGGCUGCAUCAGAAAAUUCAUACUGGGGAGAAACCUUAUGAAUGUAAACAAUGUGGAAAGGCUUUCACAGAGAGGGGCUAUCUUGCUGCACAUCAGAGAAUCCACACUGGAGAGAAACCUCAUAAAUGUAAACAAUGUGGAAAGGCUUUCACAGAGAGGGGCUAUCUUGCUGCACAUCAGAGAAUCCACACUGGAGAGAAACCUCAUGAAUGUAAACAAUGUGGAAAGGCUUUCACACAUAGGAGUAAUUUUGUUAGACAUCAGAUAAUCCACACUGGAGAGAAACCUUAUGAAUGUAAACAAUGUGGAAAGACUUUCAAACAGAGGAGCCAUCUUGCUGGACAUCAGAAAAUCCACAGUGGAGUGAAACCUUAUGAAUGUAAACAAUGUGGAAAAGCUUUCAUAGAGAGGGGCAAUCUUGCUGAACAUCUGAGAAUCCACACUGGAGAGAAACCUUAUAAAUGUACACUAUGUGGAAAGGCUUUUACAUGGAGGAGUGAUCUUGCUAAGCAUCAGAGAAUCCAUACUGGGGAGAAACCUUAUAAAUGUAAACAAUGUGGAAAAGCUUUCACUCGGAGUGGCCAUCUUGUUGCACAUCACAGAAUCCACACUGGAGAGAAACCUUAUGAUUGUAAACAAUGUGGAAAGACUUUCAAACGGAGGAGCCAUCUUGCUGUACAUCAGAAAAUACACAGUGGGGUGAAACCUUAUGAAUGUAAACAAUGUGGAAAGGCUUUUACAGAGAGGAGCAGUCUUGCUGUACAUCAGAGAAUACAUACUGGAGAGAAACCUUAUGAAUGUAAACAAUGUGGAAAGGCUUUCCGAGAGAGGGGCUAUCUUGCUAAUCAUCAGAGAAUCCACACUGGAGAGAAACCUUUUGAAUGUAAACAAUGUGGAAAGGCUUUCACACAUAGGGCGAGUCUUGCUGCACAUCAGAAAAUUCACACUGGAGAGAAACCUUAUGAAUGUAAACAAUGUGGAAAGGCUUUCAUACAUAGAAGCAAUCUUGCUGUACAUCAGAGAAUCCACACUGGGGAGAAACCUUAUGAAUGUAAACAGUGUGGAAAGGCUUUCACAGAGAGGGGCAAUCUUACUAUACAUCAGAGAAUCCACACUGGAGACAAACCUUAUGAAUGUAAACAAUGUGGAAAGGCUUUCAUACAUAGGGGCAAUCUUGUUGUACAUCAGAGAAACCACAUUGGAGACAAACCUCAUGUAUGUACACAGUGUGGAAAGGCUUUCAUACAUAGGGACAAUCUUGCUGUACAUCAGAGAAUCCACACUGGGGAGAAACCUUAUGAAUGUAAACAAUGUGGAAAGACUUUCAGAGGGAGGAACCAUCUUGCUAUACAUCAGAGAUUCCAUACUGGAGACAAACCUCAUGAAUGUAAACAAUGUGGAAAAGCUUUCAAACAUAGGGGCAAUCUUGCUGUACAUCAGAGAAUCCACACUGGGGAGAAACCUUAUGAAUGUAAACAAUGUGGAAAGACUUUCAGAGGGAGGAAGCAUCUUGCUAUACAUCAGAGAUUCCAUACUGGAGACAAACCUCAUGAAUGUAAACAAUGUGGAAAAGCUUUCAAACAUAGGGGCAAUCUUGCUGUACAUCAGAGAAUCCACACUGGGGAGAAACCUUAUGAAUGUAAACAAUGUGGAAAGACUUUCAGAGGGAGGAAGCAUCUUGCUAUACAUCAGAGAAUCCAUACUGGAGACAAAGCUCAUGAAUGUAAACAGUGCGGAAAGGCUUUCAUACAUAGGGGCAAUCUUGCUGUACAUCAGAGAAUCCACACUGGGGAGAAACCUUAUGAAUGUAAACAAUGUGGAAAGGCUUUCACAGAGAGGGGCAAUCUUGCUGUACAUCAGAGAAUCCACACUGGAGAGAAACCUUAUGAAUGUAAACAGUGUGGAAAGGCUUUCAUACAUAAGGGCAAUCUUGCUGUACAUCAGAGAAUCCAUACUGGGGAGAAACCUUAUGAAUGUAAACAGUGUGGAAAGGCUUUCACUGUGAGGGACUCUCUUGCUAAGCAUCAGAGAAUCCACACUGGAGACAAACCUUAUGAAUGUAAACAAUGUGGAAAGACUUUCAGAGGGAGGAACCAUCUUGCUAUACAUCAGAGAAUCCAUACUGGAGACAAACCUCAUGAAUGUAAACAAUGUGGAAAGGCUUUCAAACAUAGGGGCAAUCUUGCUGUACAUCAGAGAAUCCACACUGGGGAGAAACCUUAUGAAUGUAAACAAUGUGGAAAGACUUUCAGAGGGAGGAAGCAUCUUGCUAUACAUCAGAGAAUCCAUACUGGAGACAAACCUCAUGAAUGUAAACAGUGUGGAAAGGCUUUCAUACAUAGGGGCAAUCUUGCUGUACAUCAGAGAAUCCACACCGGGGAGAAACCUUAUGAAUGUAAACAGUGUGGAAAGGCUUUCACUGUUAGGGACUCUCUUGCUAAGCAUCAGAGAAUCCACACUGGAGAGAAACCUUAUGAAUGUAAACAGUGUGGAAAGGCUUUCACUGUGAGGUACUCUCUUACUGCACAUCAGAGAAUCCAUACUGGAGACAAACCUUAUGAAUGUAAACAGUGUGGAAAGGCUUUCAGAGGGAGGAACCAUCUUGCUGUACAUCAGAGAAUCCACACUGGAGACAAACCUUAUGAAUGUAAACAGUGUGGAAAGGCUUUCACUGUGAGGAACUCUCUUGCUAAGCAUCAGAGAAUCCACACUGGAGACAAACCUUAUGAAUGUAAACAGUGUGGAAAGGCUUUCAUACAUAGGGGCAAUCUUACUGUACAUCAGAGAAUCCACACUGGAGAGAAACCUUAUGAAUGUAAACAGUGUGGAAAGGCUUUCACUGUGAGGUACUCUCUUGCUAAGCAUCAGAGAAUCCACACUGGAGAGAAACCUUAUGAAUGUAAACAGUGUGGAAAGGCUUUCACUCAGAGCAGUCAUCUUGUUAGACAUCAGACAUCAGAGAAU